GAGCCGGGGCCGCGGGUGAGGGCAGAGUGACCGGUGGGAAGGCUGCGUGUUCACGAAGGCCUCGGGUGAAGCCGCAGAGCUGCCUUUGAGCCCCGACUCCUUGGCUUCCUGGGUCGGAGGAGAGCUUGUAAUGAAGUGGUUCCUCGUCUCCCACUAACAAGAUGCCCGAUUUCCUCAGGAUCGAGGGAUUGAAGAAUGUCCCGGGUUCCACUGGGGAAAGUCCUCUUGAGGAAUGUCAUCCGGCACACAGAUGCUCACAAUAAGAUUCAGGAGGAAUCAGAUAUGUGGAAAAUAAGAGAAUUAGAGAAGCAGAUGGAAGAUGCUUACCGGGGAACCAAAAGGAAAAUGUUACCCAGCAGUUCAAGUCGGAUGCGUAGUGAUGGUUUUGAUGAAGAAAGUCAGAGAGACUAUUGGAGACCAAAGAAUGAAAUUUCUGGGACACUGGAAGAUGAUUUUCUUAAGGCAAAAUCCUGGAACAAGAAGUUGUAUGAUUAUGAAGCUAACAUGCCAGACAGAUGGGGUCACAGUGGUUAUAAAGAAUUAUACCCUGAAGAAUUUGAAACAGACAGUAGUGAUCAGCAAGAUAUUACCAAUGGGAAAAAAACAUCUCCCAAGGUAAAAUCAUCUACGCACGAAUCUCACAAACACAAGAAGUCAAAGAAAUCCCACAAAAAAAAGCAAAAAAAAAGAUCACACAAGAAACAGAAGAAAAACAAAAAGGAAGCCACAGAUCUAACAGUGGAUUCCUCAAGUGAGUUCUCAGAAGAAACUGGGGCUUCUAGUACCAAGAAAAGGAAACAAUCACAUAAGCGUAAGAAAAAAUCCAGGAAAAAGUCUCUCAAAAAAUCUGCUUUAUUCUUAGAGGCAGAAAGUGACACUUCCCAGUCAGAUGAUUCCUCAUCCAGCAGUUCUGAGGAGAGUGAGGAAAGAGACACUAAGAAAACCAAAAGGAAAAAGAAAGAGAAAAAAGUUCAUAUCCCUGUAGUCAACAAUGAAAUACAGGAGAGGACAAACAAACGCACAAAUUGGAAAGUGGCUACAGAUGAAAGGUCUGCGGAGAGUUCAGAGGAUGACUAAAGGAGAAAUUCUUCGGUUUCCUCAGGACUGUGGGUAUUUCCAGCUCUUACACCUUGGGGUUUUGCCAGUGACUUGUGCUCAGCACAGGGGUCCUCAGGUCAGAGCUGUCUUGUGCCAUCCAUGUACUUUUUGACAGACUUGUCUUUUUCGGCCUGUUAAACUUGACCUAUUGUUAAUAGGGAAGCUAGUAUUUUGUUAUGAAGGUUUCUUGAAGAGAUUAUUUUUUUGCAAUUAAUCACAUUUAGUGUAGAGAGCAUAUACAACAGAUUAAGACCCAGAAAGUGGAAUCUCUCAUCACCUGGGUACACCAAUUGGAACAUUGAAUUUGGGGGAAGCAAAGGCUGGGAUCAAGAGCUGGAUUGGAACCAGUGCUAUGUAGAAUGGUGGAAGGGAACAUCGUGUUACUCAUGCCACAACUUGGCUAUGUCUUCAGCCUUGUGCUUUGAUCCUUUUGUAUUUUGGCCUUACAGGGAUGGGAUCCAGCUAACUUAAUGAGGAGAUGAGCAUAAGAACAAAUUUUCCCUUCUUGAUAGCACCCAUAGAUAGCUGCUAUAUGACCAGGGUUUUCUGUUAAAGUUCCCUUCCACAGUUGGUUACACUCCUAAAACAUGGUAAUUGGAUAGUAAAAUGUUCUUUAGAUUGUUGGAGAUUACCUAAAUGGACUUGUGUUCAAAAUUAUUUCUUCAGUUGUCUUAGCUAAGUUCUCAACUAAAUGGGGAAGAAUUGGGAACUAGUCAUGCUGUCUGAUGGUGCUCUGAACUGGAUUCAGAGCAGCAGCUGCCAUUUAAAUGUCUUCCUUGUUUUUUUCCUAAACCUAUUAAUGAACUUUUUCCCUGAAACUAAGUUGAAUCAAUUCUAAAAUGAAAGACUUCUCAGGGAUAUAUCCACUUACUUCCAAUCUGACUUUGGAUUAAAGCACCAAGCAGAGACCACAUUAGUUCCUUUAUACUAUAUACUGUGACCCCUGCUAUGUUGAUUCUUAAGAUUCUAAGAUAUCACUGAAAGAAGUCUGGCAGAAUAUAAGUUCACUUUUUCACUCUGGCAGAUCAAGUGACAUUGUUUUCUUGGUUGUCACCUUGUGAGCUGAGUAAAAAGCUUGAAAACUCAGACUUUUGCUUCUGCAACUAAUUGGUUGUGACGUCUGGAGCAGGUAAGUUAACCUUUCCUGCCUUAAUUUCCCCAUGAGUAACACAUACUUCAUGGUAGCAUGACAGUGUAAGACACCAGCAAUAGAUAUAACUAUGACAACAUUCCAUGAGGUGGUAAUAUUUUAUAGUUCUGAUGACAAACUUUAUUCUUUACAGACAGCCUUCUAAUAAAAAUGUUUAGUCUUAAAACAUGGUUGGCCAGAGGUUCCCUAUCUCUUGAUUAUCAGCAGGUGCUACCUUUUGGGUUAUUUAUUUGAAAUAUUAAUACUUACAAUAUUUGGUACAUUGGUACUCAGUGUUCCGUGGUGUAUAUUUUUACCUUUUGGAUUAGUAGGGGCCCAAGGGGGAAGAGCGGUCUAUAAUCACUACCUCUUAGCUUAAAGCAAUUGUUUUGUUCUUGGAGCAAGUGAAAUCUGUGUUGGAGUUUUCAACAUGUAUUUUUUAGCAUUGUUUCUGUGCUGUAAGAGUACUAAUUCCUAAGCACAGCCUCAGGAAGAUGAGACAAGUUAUGUCCAGGAAGUUGGUUCUGUUGGGUCUUGACCUUCCUUUCCUCCCACAUUAGCAGGCCCAUCUCUUAACAAAUACACAUUAUGCCUGUUUUGUUUUUUUUGCCAUGUUUACCUAAAUUUCUUGGUCCAAUAUAAGCAAUAAAGCUAUUUUCUGUUUUCAUCUUUCUCAAUCCCAAAUUCUCUAUGCCUUAAGCCAAGGCUUUGGUGGUUCUUUCAGCCCCCUUAAAGAUGGCUUAGAGUGGCUCCUCAAAAACCUCAGAUUUUCCAUUUGCACUACUGGUCUUGAAAUAUUUAUUUCUAGUAUUCUUGCCAAUCAGAGAUUUCUAUAUUAAGUCCUAAAGUGGAUGUAAAAGAAAAAAGCUGGAGAAUUCACAUUUAUUGAAUAAUUGUGUUACAACCUGAAAUUUCUGAAUAAAUAAAUUUCAUCUUUU